AAAUGCAAGAAUUCUGCAACAAGCAUUUGUGAGACUUAAGAAACUUCCUGGAGACAAUCUUCUAUGAUCAGUCAGACAAUUGGAGUGGAGAAUCAUGUUAAUUACUAGCAGCUGCAGAACUUUUACUAAUUCCAUCAAACAGUGAAAAUAGUCUGAUUGCAGAAACCACCAGCCUGACUGUUCAUGUGUUUUUCCUGGCUUUGUUUUUUUUUCUUCCUUUAUAAAGUAAGCAGGAGUCUGGCAUUAGCAUUCUACUGGCAUAACAACUAUUGGACUUGAAGUUAAUCGGUUUUAAGUGGUUUUAACAUUGACACUCCUGUGCCGCUUAUCAAGAUGGUGUGCAAGUGAAGAAACUUGGAAAUUAAAAUUACAUGUUUAUUUCACUAUGCCUCACUAUGCUUUACAAUUUCAUGUGAUCCCAAGGAUGUAAAAAAAAUACUAGUGUUGCGUAUGUUUCUGCAUGGAAAUCAUUAUUAAGACAUUGUUUUUAGUUUCUGCAGGUUCUGAGAAGUUACAUUUUGUAGCACGGUAUUGUUUAUAGAUGAGUAAAUUGCAGAUUUAAAUAUUUCUGGACCUUUUGACAUCAUUCGUUUUUUCAUCUUUCUUAAACAUCUAGAGAAAACCUGCCCCUUGGGUUUUAGUCCUUUAUAUUAUCAUUCUGAAAGACAUUUGUUGCACGGGCUCUUUUGGAAAGGAUUUUGCAUACUUUUACGAUGGAGCAAAAUGCUAGAAGGCAUAUAAGCCGGGGGGGGCUCCAGAUUGAGUCUGUAGGAGGAGAUGGUUGUUUUCUGUUUGCUGUAUAAAAUCCUUGUCAUUGAUUUUUUUAUGGGAUUUGUGGGCAGAGUAAGGCGAUGCUAUGCUGAAGGAGAUUUAAAAUGUUUAAAGGGGUUUCUAGGAUUUGACAGGAUUAGCGGUGGGUUUAGUGGUUAUGUAAAAUACAGUGGGGUUUGUAAUUUCUUAGGAUUAAUACUCCAUUCUCAAUGGUCGUGGCCACCUGGGCAGGCUGAAGGCUGCUAUCUCUGACCUCGAAAUACAUGCAUGUCUGAGAAUGGAAGCGAUUGGACAGAAAAUAUAAUAAUUUACAAAGGCCUUUGUUUUUGUGAUGCAAUGAGCUUGACGUUGCAGCUUGCUGAGUAGGUUCUCCCACUCGGGUGUGGUUCAGAUGGAAUAGAGGAGCCUUGCCCAGGCAAGCUUCGUCUCCAGACUCCUUCAGGGAGAAAAUGUUCUGCACCACUUUCUAUGGAGCUCCGUCCGAGGAGCUAUCGGACUACAGCUAUAAAUCCAGUGGGUGUCUUGCCCCCCUGCUCUGCCUGGUGCUUCCCAAAGAUGAACUGUACCUGCCUCUUUCCUCUUCGGUUUCCAAGCUCUCAGUUAGUCGUGGAGAAAGUGCCUGUGUAAUGAUGGGAAGAAUACUCUUAGAUGUACACAUGGGAGCUAUGGAAGAUGGUAAUAUGAACUACAUUAAACAUGCGUGCCUGACAUCUUGCCAUAAAGAAAGAAAAGCAAAACGUGGAGGACCUGCUCUGCCAAUGGCUACAGUUGAUAUAAAAAAUCCAGAAAUUACAAAUGUGCGAUACAGUAAUUCUCAAGUCAAUAACAUCAUGCACUCCAAUAUGAUUAAGAAAAAGGAUAAAGCGGGGAAGAGGAAGAAACUGACAAAGGCAGACAUUGGAACCCCCAGUAACUUUCAGCACAUUGGACAUGUUGGCUGGGAUCCAAAUACAGGCUUUGAUCUCAAUAACCUAGACCCAGAACUGAAGAACCUUUUUGAUUUGUGUGGAAUCUCAGAGGCACAGCUGAAAGACAAAGAAACAUCCAAAGUCAUUUAUGACUUCAUUGAGAAAAAAGGGGGGGUGGAGGCUGUCAAAAAUGAGCUGCGCAGACAAGCUCCUCCUCCUCCUCCUUCCAGAGGUGGGCCCCCUCCACCGCCGCCCCCUCCUCACAGUUCAGGACCCCCUCCGCCACCCCCUGCCAGGGGGCGGGGGGCACCCCCUCCCCCACCCCCCUCCAGAGCACCCACAGCUGCUCCUCCACCCCCUCCUCCUUCCAGACCUGGGAUAGGGGCUCCACCACCACCUCCACCGCCAACCAGGAACCACCUGCCACCCCCGCCCCCGCCCUCACACGCCUCCUUGGCCCCGCCAGCGCCUCCCCCUCCCCCCCCUCCACCGUCCUCUGCUCCAGCGGGCCUGGGCUCGGGCGUACCCCCUCCACCACCCCCUCCGCCACCUCUCCCGGGCCCCCCGCCUCCCCCUGCUCCAGCCAUGGAUAGUGAGCCACUUGAGUCUCCCCUGGGAGGAAAAUCUGCGCUCCUGGAUCAGAUCAGAGAGGGGACUCAGCUGAAGAAGGUGGAACAGAACAACAAGCCCGCGUCCAACACAGGAAGAGACGCACUCCUAGACCAGAUACGGCAGGGCAUUCAGCUAAAGACGGUAUCAGAUGGACCUGACUCAGCCCCACCGACACCAGCACCUACUUCUGGGAUAGUAGGGGCACUAAUGGAGGUGAUGCAGAAGAGGAGUAAAGCCAUUCACUCUUCCGAUGAAGAUGAAGAUGAUGAUGAGGAGGAGGAUUUUGAAGAUGAUGAUGAAUGGGAUGACUAGUGUAUUUUCACCAGAAAUAAUUAAGACACUAAAUUGAUACCAUCUUUUUAAAUCUUAUUAAGAUUAUAAUGUAAAUGUUCUACCAAUUUGCUGUAUAUUUUUGUUGCCUUUUGCUUUUUUAUUAAUCUGUGCAAUACCUCAUUUAAUCUGUAAAGGUUUGUCAUAUAUCUUUCGUAAAGCUACUCCCUAUUAACUUGUGCAAUUUUACAUCAGGAGAGAUACACUUGACUUUUAGAUUUGAAUGUUACUUUUCUUCAGUAAAGUAAGGGAGUUUAAAGGUGUCAAGAAAACUGAAAAAAUGCUUCAUGUUGUAAUUGUUAGUUAAUGCAAAAUAACACUAUUUUCAUACCCUACUUUUCUGUACCUUAAAGUUUCUUAUCAAAAUCCUAGUAUAGCACUAUUUUUUUUUAAAUACAGCUCUUAGAAUAUUUAGCCCCAUCAUUUCCAAUGUAAAGUUACACAAAUGUUGAGGCUCUUAUAUUUUUGCACGAUUAAAAAAAGUAAUUCACUACAGUAAUACAGUUACGAGCUAAUACUGUAUUCAGCAAUGUGCUUUAAAGACUCCAAGAAUUCACUACAAAAGUAUACAUCAUCCUAUAAACAUUGUAUGUCACUUACUGUAGCAAUACUCUGGACUUGAGGGUGAGGUUGUUUUUUAAUCAUGUCACCUUGUAUAUCUGAUUUUGUUUGAGUUUCACGGUUCUUUUUUCUCUUUAUUACUGUAGCAUUUAUAAAAAGAAUGUUAUUGAGAUCAGGUCAGUCUUCAUUUAAAAAAAUACCAUCUUUUAUUUAAAAACCUGCAACUUACCAUUACAUAGUGCUGGUUCAUAUAUUAAUGGCUGCAGUAAAAAGGUAAUAAAUUAAUUUACAGUCUUUUGCAAGAUAUUUCUGAGGGUCUAUUGCUUGAUAUUUGCAACUACUUGCAAGGUAAUAAUGCCUGUAAAGAUUAUUGAACCUCUAUGUAGUUAUGCAUACUGUUUUUAACAGUACUGUUGUACAUGGCUGACUUUUACAAUCUUUUUUUUUUCCUGGGGUUUGUGGUGCAUUAGAUACCAGAAUAUUGACAUCAAACCUGCAAAAUAGGUUGGGAAUGGAAUAAUACUAAAUUGUAUACUUAAAUAAAUGUUAAUAUUUACAGAUCA